AUGGAGCUGGAAUACGAGCUGCCCAACGCCACCGCCUUCUGGUUCUCCCCAGCUUCCCCUUUUGACAACUUCUCGGUGGAGGUGCCCACCAACGCCUCACAGAACAUCACGGGCCAGCACUUCGACCUGACCAGCAAUGCCAUCCUCACCUUCAUCUACUUCGUGGUCUGCAUCAUAGGGCUGUGCGGCAACACGCUGGUCAUCUACGUCAUCCUCCGCUACGCCAAGAUGAAGACCAUCACCAACAUCUACAUCCUCAACCUGGCCAUCGCAGACGAGCUGUUCAUGCUUGGCCUGCCCUUCCUGGCCAUGCAGGUUGCCCUGGUUCACUGGCCCUUUGGCAAAGCCAUCUGCAGAAUUGUAAUGACGGUCGACGGGAUCAACCAGUUCACCAGUAUCUUCUGCCUGACGGUUAUGAGCGUUGACCGGUACCUGGCUGUCGUCCAUCCCAUCAAAUCUGCCAAAUGGAGGCGACCCAGGACAGCCAAAAUGAUCAAUGUGGCCGUUUGGGGUGUCUCCCUGUUGGUGAUCAUGCCCAUCAUGAUUUAUGCUGGGGUGCAGCAUAACCACGGCAGGAGUAGCUGCACCAUCAUCUGGCCAGGAGAGUCGGGUGCUUGGUACACGGGCUUCAUCAUCUAUGCCUUCAUCUUGGGCUUCCUGGUGCCUCUCACCAUUAUCUGUCUUUGCUACUUGUUCAUCAUUAUCAAAGUCAAGUCUUCAGGCAUCAGAGUGGGCUCCUCCAAGAGGAAAAAGUCUGAGAAGAAAGUCACCAGGAUGGUCUCCAUUGUGGUUGCUGUCUUCAUCUUCUGCUGGCUCCCCUUCUACAUCUUCAAUGUCUCCUCAGUCUCUGUCCUGAUUGUGCCCACACCUGUCCUCAAGGGCAUGUUCGACUUCGUGGUGGUCCUCAGUUAUGCAAACAGCUGUGCCAACCCCAUCCUUUAUGCCUUUUUGUCUGACAACUUCAAGAAGAGCUUCCAGAACGUCCUCUGCCUGGUGAAGGUCAGUGGCAUGGACGAGGCAGACCGAAGUGACAGCAAGCAGGACAAAUCCAGGCUCAACGAGACCACAGAAACCCAAAGGACCUUGCUCAAUGGUGACCUGCAGACGAGCAUCUGAGCAGACAGUGGGGUUGUCCUUCCUCUGCUCUUCUCUCCCCACCUGCUUCCAACUGGCAGUGGCACAUAUGGAACAGGGGCAGGAGUGCCAGCUUAGGGAACAGCAGUGCACACAUGGAUGGGUGACAGGAGUCCUCGUCUGGGCUCCUCCUGAGCUGCUGGUGGGUUGAUUUUCAAGUGCUGGCAAGGAUAAUGGAUCAAGAGGAGCUGCCUCGCCGGGAAAACAAAGACAACUUGUAGCAAUGCAGCACGUUUCAACACCAAAGUGCCACCGUGGGCCACGGCCAUCCCCAGGGUGGCUCUGCUGGCUUCCCUACUGUUACCCUCGGGGCUUGUUUGCUUUGGGUGCUCUGCCCAGAGUGGGCGCUUUCA